AUGACUUCACCUUCACUAUCACUCGGACUACGAAAGACACAAUCUACUGGAGACAUUGAGGACUCUGUUGUGAUAAAGCCACGCACCAUUACAUCCAAGGAAACCAUUAGCAUCCUACGGUCACCCACGACAACGCCCAAGCGACCCUUGACUCCACCUUCACAAAGUAUGAUACUACUGGAACCCGUUAUCGAAGAUGAUUUCGAUGACCGUGUGCUAGCCUCUAAACUAAAAGAGAUUACGGCCUGUGACAUGGAACUACUCUUAUCAUUGGAGACACAAGCACGUAUGGACUGUCAGGAAGAAAAAGAGAAAAAACAAUUACAAUCCAAUAUGAGACCUAGCAAAAUUAAAUUUGCAUUACCCAUCACACCUCCCAGAUCAAAAUCACCCGAUACCACCCCAUUUUUUCAUGCAACACGACAGAGACGUUGGUCUUUACCUGACGACAAGAAAAAAUGUUCAAAGAGACCUAGUAGGUGGAGUAAACUCAUCAAGCAACAACAACAGGAAGAAGCGCAACGAAAUAAACAAAUACAAACACUUGACAGUCAUGUCAACAGUAGUAGUAUUAGCAGCAAUAGCAGUCAUAGUAGUAGCGAGGAAGAGGAAGACCCCAUCUUACUUGGUUCAAAAGUUAAAUUAUUUAAAAGACCAUUACCCAUUAUUGGCAUAGUCAAAUACGUCGGUAAAGUCCAUUUUGAUGCUGGAGAAUGGUUAGGAAUUGAAUUGUCUAGUAGAGUCGGUAACACAGAUGGAAUCAUUGACAAUGUGCGCUAUUUUCAAACUAAUCUUCAUUGCGGUAUUUUCGUCAAGAAGGAAGAUACUGUUAAAAUAAAAUAA